CCGAGUUUGGGGACGAUGGACACGUGCGGUAUUACGGCGGGAGCCGAGGAUUGGUUGGAACGGGGAGGGGAGGAAGGAUGGCGGGAAGGCGGAGAUCAAGAAGAGGCUGAAGAUGUCGAGGGGAUUGAGGAAGGAGGAUUUUCCGAGUUUUGUCGGAUGGAGCGUCGCGGCGGCGGCGGCGAGGUUGUCGAAGGUCGGGAGAAGCCGAUCUCGGAAGCAGCGGAGGUUUUGCUGAAACAACUUGAAGAGCUGAAGUCAGAGGAGAAGGAGCUGAAGAGAAAGAUAAAAGAACAGAAGGCCAAGCUUAAGGCGGAGCGAAAGAAAGUUAUGAUGGAUUCGGAGUCGUCGUCCUGCUCCUCCUCCUCCUCGGAAUCCAGUGACAGUGAGUGCGGGGAGGUGAUUGACAUGGGCCGCCUGAGGACAGAAGUUCUUGCGAAAGAAGAGGAUAACAAUGCCGGAACUCUCGAGUUGCCAAAUGGGGUUCUGUACCGCAAGGCAACAACUAGCAGUCCUAGCAAUGUUGCAGCCAGUGGUGUGGUGGUGACGAAAAGGAUUGAAGUGUGCAUGGGUAAGAAGUGCGGGAACUCAGGAGGACCGGCGUUGUUGGAGGCAUUCAAGAAUGCGGUUGGUGUCGUUGAAGGUGCUGUUGUUGAAUGCAAGUGCCUGGGCAAGUGCAGGGACGGCCCUAAUGUGAGGGUCUCGAAUAGCUUGGGUGAGAAUCCAGCUCCUGAAGCAGAUGAUUCCGUCAGGAUUCCGGCGAAUCCUUUACUUAUCGGGGUCAGCUUGGAAGAUGUUGAUGCUAUAGUGGCUAAAUAUUUAGGGAAGGAUGGAGAUCUGGGGUUGAACGCGGCAUAGUCGCUGUGCUGGAUGAUCUGCUAUAUAUGCACUGGCAUCCCAGGUACAAUUCAGUAAAUAUGUAUUCCAUCUCAAGCAUAGUCUCUGUUUCUGUUGUUAAGGUCUCUCGCUCUGUUCUUUAGGCAUCCACCGAGUGCUGUAGUCCCUCUAUAAUCUUUUCUUUGGAAGGAUUUGUACCAGUCCUAAUUUCCUUCAUUUGACAUAUAUAAAAUGGUGGACAACAUUCAUAUGGAUUACUGAGGAAAA